AUGGGAACCUUUCAGAGCUUGGUGAAGAGGGCCACUAAGAUAAAGAUGGCUCCUCCCAAAGAGAAGUAUUUACGACCAAUCGUAAUGAGCACUGGGGAAGUAGAUUCUUUUCAAGAUAUAAUGCAGGCUCUUUUAUUGAGAGUUGGGGACUCAGCUUUUACUGUUGUGUUCAAAGCUUUGGUAGUUUUGCACGUGAUGGUCCGGGAAGGUGAAAAGAAUGUAACUCUAGAGUACCUAGCUAGACACGAGGAGUUUUUUGAGCUUCCUGGUCUUUCUUUUAACUCGUCGCCUACGUCUAGUGCUGGUAUUCAGCUUGUAAAGCGGUAUAACAACUACUUAAAAACCCGUGCCGAAGAGUACGGAGAAAUCGGUAGAGACUACGUGAGAGACGGUGCUUCCAACCUUAAAUCGAUUGAGCGGAACUCGGUGGUUUUAAAACAUGUGGAAUCACUUGAAUUCCAGAUAACAGCGUUGCUGAAAAACCGGUUCUCGCAGUACGACCUCAACAACGGUAUGUUGAUGGCCGCGUUCAAGCUUUUAGUUCAGGAUGUCUUGGUGCUCUACAACGCGCUAAACGAGGGGAUUAUCACGCUUCUAGAGUCCUUUUUUGAAUUGAGCCGGCCGGACGCCAAGCGCACUCUAGAGCUAUACAAGCGGUUUGUACACUUAACAGAAACGGUGGUCAAGUACUUGAAGGCAGGAAAAGCCGUCGGACUAGAAAUACCCGUUAUCAAGCAUAUCACUACUAAGUUGAUCCGCUCUUUGGAAGACCACCUUCGCGAGGGCGAGAACCAGUCAGGUGACUCGGGCCAGAAGUCCCAAGGUGCCCCGAUCAGCGAAAGCCAGCGCAAGUCCGACGCCCAGAAGCAGUUGGAGCUGGUGCGUGAGCAAAAGCGUAUCCUACAGGAACAACUACAACUAACUAACCCCCUCGUGCAGCAGCUAACGCAGCAGCCAAGGAUGCAGCCUGCAGCCACCGGCUACAAUCCGUUCCUUGAUCUAUCGCAAACAGCACAGCACCAAAACAAUCCGUUCAUUACACAACCAAUUGUCUCGCAGACAACGGCUUUCGUGCCGCAGCCAAUCCCAGCUGUUAUCGCGCAACCUGCCACAAUCGGAGCCAUUCCACAGGCUGUCCCACAACAAAUGCCUAGUAAUCCCUUCGCAGUGCCCACUCUAGGCAUCCAGCAACCCUUAAACCAGCCGGUCAAUCUCCAGCAAACAAACCCGUUUGCAAACAAUCAAUUACACCAGCAGCCAAUCCAGGGUCCGAUUGUAUCCUAUGCCACAGGCUACAUCCCCCAACAGCAGCAGCCAAAUCAAAACGCCCAACAUCCACCAUCGAUGUACUUAAACCAGGGCCCAAAUCUAAUCGACAUAUAG